AUGAUGAACAACAACUGCAUCAUCAUUGAAGCAACACAAAAUGAUGGCAACAUGGGACAACAUCACCAAACAACAACAAUGCAACAACAACAACAACAAUGGUGCAAUGAUGCCCAGGACAAUUCCAACAUGGUGAUGACCCAGGAUGACAACACCAUGACCCAAGGCAAGGACAAUGACAAUCAUGACAUGGCGAUGUCCCAGAAUGACAAGAUCGAGGAUGACAUGCAGCAUGCAUUGGACUCGACUGCAUCAAGAGCGAGGUGGAAGCACAUGACAGUAAACGGGGGCAAUGGGUGCAAGGGAUGGUGUCAAUGUGAACUUUGCAUUGCAGAAGCUGAUACCAGAGGGACAAGGGAUGACCACAACAACUCUCAUAGCUCUCCCCCACAAUGA